AUAGAGUAUCGGUAAGAACAAGAUGUGUUUAAAAAACUCAGUGGGCUGAUGUGUUCAGUGCUUUAAUCUGUGCUGUACGCUAUCUAUGAAUGAGAACCGUAUUGAAUAAGUUCCAGUGUAAACAAUACUUGACGUAUGGAAAUGUGUUGUCGUUUUGUGUCAUAUCUUUUAUGUUGUGUGUUAAGACACAGACGGAAAAAAAACGACUGAUAUCCGCGAUCAAUUCCAAAGAAGUUGUAACGUGUGCAUAUUUGUAUGGUUUAAAAAUAGAUGUACAGACAAUGCUCUACGCCCGAGUUCUAUACAUGUGUAUUUCGAUCCACAAAAAAAAAAAAGAGGGAGUUAGUUUAGUAGUGUGAAAUAUCUGAUAAGUAGAUCCAGAUAUCUAUGUUUAUACUAACAAAUGUUGACGCUUUAUAAGUGUGCCUCGUAUAAGCCUAAUAGGCUUAAUUGUUCAUAGCACACGUUUGUUCCACUGUAUCUAUUACAACGUGUUCUAUCUACAUGAUUUUGUUUGUUCAGACUCAUUGGCUUUGGGUCCAACUGUUAAGAAUGCAGUUCUCGUCAGCAUAAAAAGUACGUUGGACCUGAUGCUGUGACAAUCAGACGUGACGACAAUGCCAUCUGGAGGUGUCAGGGGAGACAUUAUUGCAGUUCUGCAUUUCUUCAUACCUCCCAUCACAUUUACUAUUACCUACUUUAUAUCUACCUCGUUGGAUCAUGUUGUAAAACUAUUUCCUUACAUCAGCGAUACUGGAACCAAAAGUCCGGAGAGUUGCUUGUUUACCUUUUUUCUUGCUUUGUAUUCUUUAUUAACUCUACUUGUGGUGUACACACGUUGGAGAAUAGUCGCUAAUCGGAAUGUGAGUGGCAGAGCGACGCCCAGACUUAAUAACGUGGCCAUAUGUUGCGGCUUUGCUGCUGCUUUUGGCGCAUUAAUUGUAGCCAGCUUUCAGGAAACUUCUGUGCUUAUUGUACAUUUGGUUGGUGCUGGCAUGAUAUUUCUGUUUGGGAUCAUUUACAUAUGGUUGCAGACGAUCAUCUCCUACAAGCUGCCAUUUAUCAAAGGCUAUACAGCAUGCUUGUGUCACUUCAGAUUUGUAGUAGCAUGUUUGACUACUGGGAGUGUUAUUGCAUUUUUUUUUACAGGUAUAUUCUCAUAUACAGAGAACAAUAAAAGUACUGCCAUUUUUGGUCUGUCCGAAGAGGUGAUAUAUGCCCUGUACAUCUCCUCAACAUCUUUAGAAUGGGCUUCCGUGGGUUGGCUGUGUAUCUACUUUGUAACUUUUGCAGCUGAGUUUAAACAUGUUCGUAUAGGCAUGCCAGUCAUUCAUACCGAACCAAGAACGAUUGGGUUCAGCCAAAUGGAACUGGAUUCAAUAUCAACAGAAGGAUCAAAUAAGUUUUGAUUGUUUUGUUUUUGUUGCAGCUAUAUAAAUUUGGUGAGGUGGAUAGGCAGAGUAAAAUGUUCAAAUAGGUUACUAAGAGAAACUGGAUGAAAAUAUCAACUAAGAGAAACUGGAUGAAAAUAUCAACUAAGAGAAACUGGAUGAAAAUAUCAACUAAGAGAAACUGGAUGUUUUGGGUAUACAUAUGGUGACAUUCAAAUUUUGUUUUAAUGACUUCUUAUUUCAGGGCACUAAUGAAAAAUGUGAGACCCGGAGAAAGAGAGAGAAAAAAAUGAGAGAGAGGAGAGAGAGAGAGAGAGAGAGAAAGGAGAGUACUAGUAUUUUACAUGUAUAUCAUGUAUGUCCCGCCCCCCCCCCCCCAAAUUCUGUUAUGUAAAUUAAUCAGUGUGAAUUGUGAACAUGUUUUUUUUUGUUUUAGAUUAAAAUACGUUUCAGAUCUCAUCUAGGCAUUUGAAUUUCAAAAAAACUCUCUUACUACGCUUAUACUAAAAGGGAGAGUGUAAUUGAGUGUAAUUAAGUGUGAUUGAGUAUACAGUAUAUGUAGCUGUUGAUGUAUUUUCUCAGAAAAAAAAAUUGUGUAGCCUAUGUUCAAACAUUAGUAUUUUUAUAUUUCUGCGUAUCUUUAAGUGUAUUUCGUUCAAAGAAUUUGUGGUUUCUUAUUCGUAAAUAUUAUGAAAACAAUAUCUCAUUUGAAUCAUAUUGCUAUGUAUUGCCAUGGAACUGGAGAGAGCAAGUAGUCUAUUCGUGGCUAUGUCCCUUAAAUUAGAACUAAAUUAGGUUAAAUUGCAUAUAUUUAUAUGAUUAUUACUUUGAAUGUUGCUUUUGUUCUGUUACAUUAAAUCCUUUAAUGUUCGUCCUUCAAUAUUCAAAUGUCAAAUGGGUUUUGUUGUUGUUGUUUUUACCAUGGUGCUUUCUAAUUUGUAAAGUAUUUUAUAUUGAACCUUUUUAAGUUUAAAUUAUUUAAUUAUUAUAUUGUCCUCGGUGAUUAACAAUGAAAAAGUGCAAUAUUUCUGUUGAUUGAAAUAAACAAUAUCGUUUGCUAACCAAAAAAAUGUUAAUAAAUUUUGAACUUUGAAUUAGGUAUUUAAAAAAAAAAUAACUAAAAAAUAAAUUGCUGAUUCAAGACACAGGAUACUCAAUUUAACGAUUGUCAUUAGGUCUCAAUUUACAGGUCCUCAAUUCAGCUUGUAAAUACAUAGGCUUAAAAUCCUGGCUGGCUUGGUGGGUAAGUGGUCGCGGUUCUCAAUAACGUCUCUAACUAUUUUCCUAUACAUUUGACAGUUGAUGUACAACUUUGGGAAAAUAAUAGCUAGUUUUGGGCCAAACUGGGAAAACUCAGAUUUGACCAUUAUAUUUUUAAAGUAUAUAAAAAAUAAUUUAAAUUUAGCUAGAGGACUAGCAAAUCUUUAUCUUAGACUACGUUUUCGGAUAUUACCGCAUGUGGGCCCUUUUCAUUAAAGAGUUAAGAGCACUACAAUGACCUAAUUCUAUUUUGUAACUAGUGCCAUAUGUAUUUUAUUUAUUUCAAUUGGUCAAUAUAAAUAUUUAUUUUAACUAUUUUUUUUACUGUUGUAUAUCUACAUUUUAUAGCUCAAUAUUUAUAAUUUUUAUAGAAAUGAAAAGGUUGACAUUGAAACAACUUAUAGACAAAAGAAGAUGUGUAUGUGGUAAAGUAUUUGUCAGUUACAGUAAUGUUACUUCACAACUCUGACAUUAUUCAAGAGACAAUGACGUUCUAUGAAUACCUCAUUUGUAGAGGCACCUUUCAGUUGGCUUUAUGUAAGGCAAGCACUGGUCUGCCUCGCUUAGGCCUUUUCGUUUUGUACUAUUGUCCUCCGUCUUUUGCAAUGUCUGUUCAAUCAAUCCAAUUAAAUUUCUUCUUAUCUUAUAUUAUAAAAUACACACAUUACUUCAAAAAAAAAAAAAGAUGAUUACGCCCUACGCGUUUUCUUAGGUCAAUCUAGUCAUGCAUGUUAACCAAUGUCAAGUCAUUGGUUUGCAUUGCUGGCUCAGGCAACCCAGUCCAUGCUUUAAUAGCACUAGGGAAGAAGGAGCAUUUGUACAAAUUUGUCCUAGCAUAUGGAAUGAUGAAUGUGCCUUUAUCUUUGUUUCUUUCUGAAUAUUUUAUUAGGUUUUGUUUUUGUAUUUGAAGAUUAUGGUUCAGUGUUUUAUUUAUAAUUGCUACUUUACUUUUGAGUUUUCUAUCCUUAUGGCUUUCUAAAUUUAGUGAGUUUACUAAAGGUGUUACUCUAGUCAAAUGUGAAUAUUCAAAUAAUUUGAUAGAAGAAAGUUCUGGAUUGUUCUGACUAAGUGUUUAUAGAAGUAAACACAUAUUUUCCUGACCCCUUUAAAAUAGCAUCUCAGACUUACAGCUGGCAAAAUAAAAUAAAUGGUUAAUGUUUGAUGUUGUCGAUUUUCAUGAUAAAGUAUUUGUAAUAUGGAUUGGCCCAGUGCUGGAUUUACCAUUGACAACAUAAGCUAUCCUCCUUCAUUGGGGAUUCCAGGUUAGGGCUUAGGGCUUGCCUUAUUAUGUUGGAUGCAGAUCCAUCUCUGGUGGAUAGCUACUUCAAUGGGCUGCUGCUUUGUUGUUUUUUUUUGGGUUUUUUUUUUUUUGCUACAGUUCCUCAAUCGAGAUCUUGUCUGCCAGCGGAUCAUAAGGAUCUUCCUCAGGCAGGUAUUGAUGAAUAUCUGGAUUAAAAAAAAAAAAAAUUUCAUGGUAGUGAUGGUGGUUCUCCAGGUCUCUGCUCCACAAAGUAGUACUGGCUUAACAAUAAAAAGCCUGAUCUUGGUGGUGUUCAGUAAGAAGAAGAGGGGGCGGCCCAGGAAUACAUAACAUCGCGAUUGGGAAGCAGAUGGGCAAGACGUGGGGACAGUUGGAGAGACUCUCCCAGAACCUAGACGCCUGGAGGACGUUGGUUGGUGGGCUAUGCCCCAGAAGGGACUACAGGCAGAGAUGAGAUGAGGUGAACAUGUGUUUAGCUUAGGACCGCCACUUGACCCCCCC